GCCGUAUAUCGGCGCCGAUUGUCUAAACUUUUUUUUCGAGUCGACAUGGACAGGCACAAGAGGGUGGGUGGGAGUAGCCUCUAUAACAGGGUAAAGUCGUCGCAUGUAGUUUUCGUAAAUAAUUUAAACCAACUAUCAUCAUUUGUUCUUGCACGAUCGUCGUGGCAGAGCAGUUGGUUCGACAGCACAGAGCAAUUAAUAAUUAAUACCCAUUCAAAAAAGGUACAUAAAUCAACGCAAGGGCUGUGGAUCUAUCCCCGAAAGUUUUCUGCUCCAUGUUAUGUGCAAGGACUGACUGAGUCACUGCAGUAUUUAUGCUUUAAUCUUUUGUCGACAGUUCUUCCCAAAGUUCCUCACAUUAGCCUCACCGUCAGCUUUGUUUAUAUAACAACAUACGAGCACUGCAUUACUAGAAGGGAUAUUCAGCACAUCUGAUAUACUUCUGAGCUGGAUCUGACUACAGGCGCAGUCUUUUGAAAGUGUGCGCUGUUUAUCGAGCGGGAAAAUAACAAACAUGUCCAACGGAACGAACAUGGUGCCGGCCCAGGUCGUCUUUGACGAUACCAGAGUCCUGGGUCAGGACCCUCUGAUCCCUCCCCAGAUCUUGAUGGAGGAGAUCCCGAUCACCAAAGCCGCCCUCGAGACAGUCGUUCGCGGUCGCCAGGAGGCCGUCGCUUGCGUCAUUGGCCGUGACGACCGCCUUCUCGUUAUCGUUGGACCCUGCUCGAUUCACGACCCGGCAGCGGCCCUCGAAUACUGCCAACGCCUCAAGGCCCUGGCCGACAAGCUCUCAGAUGACCUCUGCAUCGUUAUGCGCGCCUACCUCGAAAAGCCCAGGACCACGGUGGGCUGGAAGGGUCUGAUCAACGACCCCGAUAUCGACCAGACCUUCAAGAUCAACAAGGGACUGCGCAUUUCGCGACAGAUCUUCUGCGACCUGACCUCGGCCGGUAUGCCCAUCGCCAGCGAGAUGCUCGAUACCAUUUCUCCUCAGUUCCUGGCCGAUCUGAUCUCGGUUGGUGCUAUCGGCGCCCGCACGACCGAAAGCCAAUUGCACCGAGAGUUGGCAUCUGGUCUUUCGUUCCCCGUGGGAUUCAAGAAUGGAACGGACGGUAACCUCGGUGUCGCGAUUGAUGCCAUCGGAGCUGCCGCCUCAAAGCACUCAUUUAUGGGUGUGACAAAGCAGGGUCUGGCUGCCAUCACCCGGACGGCGGGCAACCAACAUGGUUUCGUCAUCCUGAGGGGUGGUACCAAGGGUCCCAACUUUGACAAGGCUAGUGUUCAGGCCGCCAAGGAGACACUUGUCCAGAAGGGCCAGAGGCAGGCCAUUAUGAUUGACUGCUCGCAUGGCAAUUCCAACAAGGACCACCGCAACCAACCCAAGGUUGCCAAGGUCAUUGGUGACCAGCUGCGCGAGGGUGAGAGGUCCAUCAUUGGUGUCAUGAUCGAGUCCAACAUCAACGAGGGCAACCAGAAGGUGCCGGCUGAAGGCCCGUCCGGCCUCAAGAAGGGCGUCAGCAUCACGGACGCCUGUAUCGACUGGGACAGCACAGUCGCUGUCCUAGAGGAUCUGGCUGAUGCGGUACGAGCGCGGAGGAGUCUUUACCCCAAUGACCGCAACGUUGACAGGGAGGAGAGGCUCGCAACUCCUCUUGAGGAGGACUAAGCUAGUAUCUAGCUUUCGUCUGACGACUUGAGGGUAAAUAUAGAAGCAAGUCUAGCGAUAAGUUGAACAGUAUUCUAGAGAAUAUGUGAGAGUAAUCACUAGAAGGGGUACUGCGACGGUAAUAGACAAAAAAUUGGGGUGGGGGAAGGAAUGAGGGGAUGAGUAAAAAAAGACAGGUUAAAUUAGAGAACCUAGGAUAUGUGGGAAAGGGAAGCAGAGAGAGCUAGGUUGGUAUCAAUGAAAACAAUAAUCAACUAUUUGCGGCACCGCGUGGAGAUAAAAUACCUGGUAUCGGUCUGUAUCGGCUUACAAGGG